AUGUCAUGCAAUGCACGGGGAAAUCAAACACAUGUAACAGAAUUCAUCCUUCUGGGAUUUGGAGAGCUUCCAGAACAGCACCUUAUUCUCUUCCUGCCGUUCCUUCUGAUCUACAUUGUGACUAUGACUGGGAACCUCCUCAUUCUUGCACUGGUUGUGGCUGAUCAGCACCUCCACACCCCCAUGUACUUUUUCUUGGGCAGUUUGUCCUUCUUGGAGAUCUGCUACACUUCAAACAUCCUUCCCAGGAUGCUGGCCAGUGCUGUGACUGGGAACAGAAGCAUUUCCUUCCAUGGUUGUUUUGUACAAUAUUAUUUCUUUGGAUGCUUUGCAGCAACUGAAUGCUAUCUCCUUGCAGUGAUGUCCUAUGAUCGAUAUUUAGCAAUAUGCAAACCCCUGCAUUAUACAGCCCUGAUGAAUACCAGAGUCUGUCUCCAGCUAGUGACUGGAUCUUGGAUAAGUGGGUUUCUGUCUAAUUCUAUAUUAACAUUGCUGAUUGCAAGUUUAUCUUUCUGUGGCCCCAAUGAAAUUGAUCACUUCUUCUGUGAUUCCUUCCCUAUGAUCAAACUUUCCUGCAGUAAUAGUCAUAUAGAAAGACUGAUGACUUCCUUUAUGGCCUGUGUAACCUCUCUGAUCCCCUUUAUGUUAACACUAGCAUCCUAUAUUUGUAUCAUAACCACCAUCAUGAAAAUACCUUCUACCACUGGAAGGAAGAAGGCAUUUUCAACUUGUUCGUCUCACCUCAUUGUGGUGACACUUUUCUAUGGAUCAAUAAUAUUUGUCUAUGGGAUCCCACAAAAGAAGACACUGAAACAUAUUACCAAAGUCUUCUCAGCCUUCUUUACAAUCCUGACACCAAUCUUAAAUCCCCUCAUCUACAGCCUGAGAAACAAAGAGGUAAAGGAAGCCUUGAAGAAAGCCAUGCAUAAAGUUACUGGUUUUAAGAAAGGUUUCCUCAUUUCACAAAAAAUAGCUUCAGGUUGA